CUGUUUUUUUCGCCUCCUGUUUGUGAGCUGAGACUGGGCUGCUUUGUACUUUGGCCCCGCCUGUCAGCUACGUCAUUAAUUCAGAGCCGUCUCACACCUGAGUUAAACUUUUGAGACAGUAGCCAACAGGACGCUACGGUGGUAAAUCUAAAUCGAUUUGCUCUGAGUUACCGUGGAAUAAUUGGAAGUCUGUGGAGGCCGACAUUUUUAGUAGAAGAUGAAGCACGUUCCUAUGUUUGUGGUUUUUGUGCCUGUCCUGGUCGUUCUCCUCAAAUCCACCACAGCAUACCCACAGGCUGGUCUUAAAGUGGGAAACGGCAGAGCACGGCGGCAGGCCAACUGCCCGGCAGAUCAGUACGAACACGGCAACCUCUGUUGUUUGAAUUGUAAAGCUGGCACAUAUGUGAAAUCACCCUGCAGUGUAGAUGGAGAGAGGGGGCAGUGUGAGGAGUGUGACUACGAUACAUACAUGAAGCAUGACAACCGACUGAAGUUCUGCUUGAAGUGCACACGGUGUCGCCCAGAUGAGGAAAUUGUAAGCUCAUGCACUCACACUGAAGACACUAAAUGUCAGUGCAAACCAGGGAGAUUUUGUGAUCCUAACCAAGCAUGUGAGGUGUGCUUGAAGUGUUCACGGUGUGCAGAGGAUGAAGAGAAAGUGAGGAACUGCACAUCAACCUCCAACACGGAGUGCAAGAAGAUCCAGAACAAAUCUGGCUCUGAUCCAGGUAUCACUGUGGUGGUUGUGGUGGUGCUGUGUGUCCUCGCUGCCAUAACAUUUGCUGGGAUAUUUUUCUACAAGAGGAGACGUAAAAUGGGCUCUCAGAGAAAUCGGUCUGACAGGAGCAAAGCAGAACAGCAAUACACUGCCAUCCAGACUCCUGAGGAUAAGGACACUCAAAGACCAACCAGCACAAAUCUAAUCCUGUCCCAGCAUCUGGUGAGAGUUAAAUCCCCCAACAUUGCUGAGGAUGAGCGUCAAAUUCUCAGUCCAAGCCUCAACAGCUCAGCCAGUAACUCCCAGCACAGCCUAACAGACGUGCUCACACCUGCCCCUCAAGCCAGCCCUGUGGUUUCAGCGCAGCUUCGCAGGAGGGAAGAGGUGCCACUUCCCAAGCUUGUUCCUGUGAAUGGUGAAGAGUCUCUCAGGAAGUGCUUUGAAUAUUUUGAAGAACUAGAUGUGAACUAUCACAAGAGGUUUUUCCGUCAGCUUGAAAUUAGUGACAAUGUCAUCAAAAGCAAAGAGAACCUUCCCUAUGAAGACAGGAUCCAUGAACUGCUGCAUAUUUGGGUGGAGAAAGAAGGUAAAGGAGCGAGCUUAAAUGACCUGCUGCAGGCUUUGAAUAUCCUGAACCAAAGGCGAACUGCUGAGACGAUCCACCAGAAGGCUGUGGACGGCGGUCACUUCCUGCUUUUGUUGGGGGAGACUUUGUAAUUGUCUCAAACUAGUAGUGGUCAGAAUAGGAACAAAACAAACUUGGACACCUCAAAGUGUGUAUGUUGUUGAAGCUGCUGCUGUUUCAGUAAGCACAUCUUACUAGACUGUAGCGUGAGCUCUUGAGGUAAACAUGCCUUCUUGAACUAACUUAUUCCAAACUGAGGGAAUUCAGUCAUUUUUCUUAUCUGACUGUGAGCCAUGUAUUCCUGUCAGCUCCAUAGUGUUAAGUAUUUCAUUAAUGCCUGUAAUAAAAAAUAAAAUAUAUAUAUAUAUUUUUUUUUUUUUGCUGAUCCCAAACCUCAUUAAAGCUUGUUUCAGCGAAAGUUAUGUUCAGACAUUUAUUGUAAUCUAACAGUGUCCUGAAGAGUCGAUGUAUGUUUCAGUUUGGUUCUGUAACUACUCCUUAGCAAUUCAACAGACUGUCAAAUGACCAAUGGAGUUAAUGAAUGUAUGUAAGUUAUUACAGUGGAGGGUAUUUUAUUAAAUUUAAAGAGUGCUUCCUUGACUGUAUUAUUUACCUGUUGAUCCAGUGUUGUCGUGAUUGUGGUUAACAGAAGCACAAAUUUUAAUAUAUUAAGAUCUUGUUUCUGUUGUACUUCUGUUUUGUUACAUUUCCUUCUAUUAAUCUUGAUCAUCAUCAUGGAUGUUUACAAAACCUAGUUUUCUACAAUGCUCUGUUUAUGUGCUGCACUGAAACAUUGAGUCUUACCAGAGCUGUGUUGAAGCCUGAAAGUGAAGUGAGAAUUGUGUACUUUUCUACCUUGUUAUAGAUGUGCUCUACAGUGUUUGUUACUACUUCCAAACUUGCUCUUUUUUUUCUUUUUUUUUAGUUUU